AUGGCCACUUCAGUAAGCCCAAAGAAAUCGUCCGACCGCCCGCCUCAAGCCGUGAAAUUCGCCCGCCGGACAUCAAGCGGCCGUGUCGUCAGCCUGUCCCGUGAUGAUGACAUAGAUGUAUCGGGGGAGUUUGCAGGGCCAAAUGAUUACAUUAAUUACACCGUGCUUAUGCCCCCAACCCCUGACAAUCAACCCGGGGGCUUAUCAGGCUCUGGGUCCUCGGGCGACAAGCCCGACGGGCCCGGUCCUUAUGGGACCACUUCUCGGUUUGGCACGGACAGGAUGGGCAGGCGCGGUGGCGGUGACGAGGAGGAGGGUGGUGGUGGAAAUGGGGGUGGGAAGCUCGACCGGCGGAUGUCGUUGAUGAAAUCGAAUAAUAAGUCGAUGCUAUUGAGGAGCCAGACGGGGGAUUUCGAUCACAACCGAUGGUUGUUCGAGACGAAAGGGAAGUAUGGGAUCGGAAAUGCAUUCUGGCAACAGGAUGAUGAUUCAUAUGACCAUGAUGGUGGUGGAAUGACCAUGUCUGAUUUUUUGGACAAGCCAUGGAAGCCACUCACUCGGAAGAUUAAGAUUCCACCUGGUAUUCUUAGUCCUUACAGGCUACUGAUCGUCAUCCGCCUAGCAGCACUCACACUCUUCCUGAUAUGGCGAGUGAGAAACCCGAACGAGGACGCAAUGUGGUUAUGGGGAAUCUCCAUAGUCUGCGAGUUAUGGUUCGCAUUUUCAUGGCUGCUCGAUAUUCUACCCAAGUUCAACCCCAUAAACCGAGCCACAGACCUCGUCGCCCUCAAAGACAAGUUCGAGACACCUUCCCCCUCCAAUCCUCACGGCCGGUCCGACCUCCCGGGCAUGGACGUGUUCAUUUCCACUGCCGAUCCCGAAAAGGAACCACCUCUUGUCACUGCAAAUACCAUUCUCUCUGUUCUUGCCGUUGAGUAUCCGGUGGAAAAGGUUUCUCUGUAUGUCUCUGAUGAUGGUGGUGCUAUUCUGAACUUUGAAGCCAUGGCUGAGACCGUCAUCUUCGCAGAGGUAUGGGUGCCCUUCUGCCGAAAACAUAACAUUGAGCCUAGGAAUCCAGACAGUUAUUUCAGCCAGAAAACAGAUCCAACCAAGAACAAGAAGCGACCUGAUUUUGUUAAAGACCGCCGCUGGAUCAAGAGGGAGUAUGAUGAGUUCAAGGUCAGGAUAAAUGGCCUACCAGAAGUUAUAAGAAAGCGAUGUGAAUCAUACAACAAAAAAGAGGAAAUGAAGGCGAAGAGACUUGCUAAGGAGAAGAAUGGUGGAGUGCUGCCAGCGGAGGAGGUCAAGGUAGCAAAGGCGACAUGGAUGGCAGACGGAACACACUGGCCAGGCACAUGGUUCUCGCCGACAGCUGAUCACAAGAAGGGAGACCAUGCCGGGAUUCUUCAGAUAAUGAGCAAGGUGCCAGAAAGUGAUCCAGUAAUGGGGCAUCCAGAUGAGAAGAAGCUAGAUUUCACUGGUAUAGACAUCCGGAUUCCAAUGUUUGCCUAUGUUUCACGUGAAAAAAGGCCUGGUUAUGACCACAACAAGAAGGCUGGCGCCAUGAAUGCCUUGGUGAGAGCUUCUGCUGUACUUUCCAAUGGUCCAUUCAUACUUAACCUAGACUGUGACCACUAUAUCUAUAACUCCAUGGCUAUAAGGGAGGGAAUAUGCUUUAUGAUGGACCGUGGAGGCGACCGGAUCUGCUACGUACAGUUCCCUCAAAGAUUCGAGGGCAUCGAUCCCUCAGAUAGAUAUGCCAACCAUAACACUGUCUUCUUUGAUGGUAACAUGCGAGCUUUGGAUGGUCUUCAAGGGCCAGUUUAUGUUGGAACUGGCUGCAUGUUCCGGCGGUAUGCAUUAUACGGUUUCCACCCCCCACGGGCAAACGAGUACUCAGGCAUUAUUGGGCAGAACAAGAGCCGCGCUCCCCAUAUUCAGAUGCCAUCUGAUGCAGAGGACUCGGACACACAGCCCUUAACAUCACAUCCUGAUUUGACCCUGCCAAAGAAAUUUGGGAAUUCGACCAUCUUCACUGACUCUAUACCCGUAGCUGAAUUCCAAGGACGACCACUAGCUGAUCACAUCUCUGUGAAAAAUGGCCGGCCUCCCGGGGCACUGCUCAUUCCACGUCUGCCGCUCGAUGCACCAACAGUUGCCGAGGCCAUUGCUGUUAUCUCCUGCUGGUACGAGGAUAAAACUGAAUGGGGAGACAGAGUAGGUUGGAUCUAUGGAUCUGUUACAGAAGACGUGGUGACAGGUUAUCGCAUGCACAAUCGCGGAUGGCGAUCUGUCUACUGCAUCACAAAGCGUGAUGCUUUCCGGGGCACUGCACCGAUCAACUUAACUGACCGCCUGCACCAGGUCCUCCGAUGGGCCACUGGUUCUGUCGAGAUUUUCUUCUCUCGAAACAAUGCAUUUCUUGCAACCCGACGUCUAAAAUUCCUCCAGCGAAUAGCUUACCUCAAUGUCGGCAUCUACCCGUUCACGUCCAUCAUCCUUGUGGUCUAUUGUUUUCUCCCGGCUCUCUGUCUCUUCACUGGACAAUUUAUUGUGAAGAGCUUAAAUGUUACUUUCCUUUUUUACCUUCUUAUCAUCACUAUCACUCUCGCUUGCAUCUCCAUGCUUGAAGUCAAGUGGUCAGGUAUAGGCCUGGAGGAAUUGUGGCGAAACGAGCAGUUUUGGGUCAUUGGGGGCAGCAGUGCUCACUUUGCUGCAGUACUCCAGGGUCUCCUUAAAGUCAUUGCUGGUAUCGAAAUCUCAUUUACGUUGACCUCAAAAUCUGCUGCGGAAGAUGAAGAAGACAUCUAUGCUGAUCUAUAUGUUGUCAAAUGGACCAGUCUCUUCAUAAUGCCACUGACCAUCAUUGUUGUCAAUCUUGUUGCUAUUAUCCUCGGGUUCAUGAGAACUGUGUACAGUGUGAUUCCUCAAUGGAAUAAGCUCAUGGGUGGGGCUUUCUUCACAUUCUGGGUGUUGGCUCACAUGUACCCAUUUGCUAAGGGAUUGAUGGGAAGGAGAGGAAAGGUUCCUACAAUUGUUUAUGUAUGGGCAGGGCUUGUUUCCACUACAGUGUCUUUACUUUGGAUAUCUAUCAGUCCCCCAGAUGAUAACACCACUCAAUCUGGAGGGAGCAUUCAAGUAUAA